AUGCGCCAGGGCAAGCAACAACUCAAGUCAUGGGGACAGGAAGAAGGACGGAAGAUUCCAGCAGGACCCUCGCUCCGCACUGUGAUCCGGACCCCAACCGGUUGGGGUCCAAGCCACAUUCCUCCCUACACCCGUCCACGUGCUCAACAUAUGGUCUCCGACAGUUAUUUCAGUUGGAAUAGUUGGAAUGUGUGCUUCUGUACUGAGCAGAAUUGCGCCCAAUUGACCCGUUCAAUAGGAAAUCCACAAUCCAUGGACGACAUUCGACGCUUCAUGUGUGGAGGACUCGGACCGCCGACGCUGAUAGCCAACGAGAGAGUCGACGCAGAUGCCUUUCAACGAGCAGUAGCCUUGAUCGCGCACCAAGGCACUGAACUGUUGGGAGCACAAGAGGCAGGAGAUUACUAUUGGCGACUUGACGAGACGUUCUUUCACAGAGCCCAUUUCGCAAGGGUGCUAAGAAGCAUCGGUCUUUUGGGGAGCACCCAGGUCUUGUCCACUUUUGAGCCACCAGACUAUUCCCAGUCUUCUUCGGACGAUAUUAUGGAUGUGCUGGCUACGACACAGCCAGUUUCUGUAAACCUAGCACCGUCACCAACUCAGCUGGAAGCGGCUGCCAGGAGGCUGCUCGACGCGGGAUUCUCAACCACAACAUACCGGCUCAGACACACGGAGCUCUCGACCUUUUUUAGCCUUACUUCUUCGGCUGAGGGUUUCGAAUGUCAAAUGGGGCAGGGAUUAUUACUUUGGGUCCUUCGCGGACGAGGAUCCGGCGGAUGAGGUGUUGGCUAACGCGAUGGCUGCAAGACUGAUCGGCAGUAAUAAGGCAGACUUUGACAAGGCUUUAGAACUGACGAUGGAUGCAUUGGUAA